GAGCUGUUUUGCCGUUCGGUUAUUUUAUCAUAAAAUUUAAAACUGCAUUGUGGGAUUUUAUCUAAUUUCAAACAACGUGAGCCGAGUCUAUAUUCUUUUAUACGAGGUGUCGCAUUGAAGACAAGAUGGCAGAGCAGAAUGAAAGGGCGUUUCAAAAGCAACCAGCCAUCUUCUUGAACAAGAAAAGGGUUGUCGCUAAAACAACCAAAAAUAAAGAACUUCGCUACGUAAGAAAUGUUGGUUUAGGAUUUAAAACACCAAGGGAGGCUAUUGAAGGAACAUAUAUUGACAAAAAGUGCCCAUUUACAGGAAAUGUAAGCAUCAGAGGUCGUAUUUUAACUGGUAUCGUUAAAAGUUUAAAAAUGAAGCGUACAAUAGUUAUUCGUCGAGACUACCUCCAUUUCAUAAAAAAAUAUCAAAGAUAUGAAAAACGUCACAAGAACCUUGUUGCUCAUAUGUCUCCUUGUUUUCUUGACGUUGCUUUGGGCGAUCUAGUGACUGUCGGACAAUGUCGUCCAUUGAGCAAAACAAUAAGGUUUAAUGUUCUAAAAGUUUCUAAAUCAACAAGUGCUAAAAAAUCAUUUGAUAAAUUUUAGAUUGUAAAUGGUAUGAAAUAUAACUAAUUUCCUGUUA